AUGAGGGGCACCAUGGCGGGCGCCAAAGCUGGCCACCGAGAUGCCGAGACCAAUGUAGGAGGCUCCAAGGGGAUGGAGCUUCUCCUGCCGGGGCUGGGUAAUAACCAUGUAGUCCUCGCCGGAGGCGUCGGCGGCAAUGUCACCUUCGGUCACGUAUUUCUGGAGCUCCCCAACGACGGCAUCACCCGCAUGGCCAUUGGGGAGGCUGAAAAUUGGGGAGGCUGA